AUGGCCGAGGCACCUUUGAGACGAUUGUUUGGCGGCGGCAUCUGCUCUAGGUGUCUCACUCGCGCCGCCCGGUCCUCGCCGCAGAGCACCUCCUUCAGAUACACACUGCAACCAAGCAGGAGACUACACGGGAGCCUCGUCUCAGACCGGAUCGAGCAACGGCACUCGACAGUCGCUCAGCAGGGCUUUGUGCAGGACUACUUUUCAGCGAACAGCUCGAUAGAUCGAGGAUGGCUGCAAAACAGCUUGCUGGCCGUUGUCAGAACCAAUGCUGAAUCAACUACAAAGACUACGUUAAACCAGAGAUCCGAAAGCAACGAUUCUUCGAUAGAAUAUAUUCGUCCUGCAGAAGCAACAGCGUUUACAACCACCACCCAAGAUGCCGGGUCACAGCAAAUGCCUCCGAAGGCCGUGCAGGAUACGCCCGAAUCAUCAGGAGAGGAUCUUUUACCACAUCGCAGAAGGAAGCGACGAAAAGAGUCUGAUGUACCACCAGCUGCUGCUCCGCCGGGCUCCAAUGACUCGCUUCCUCUCGAUGCCUCGUCGCAGCUUACCACAACGGCCACGAGCCUCCCCAGUACCGCCACUCUCCGCCGGCGUUUCGCAACCUACCUUGCCCUCACCAAACCUCGCCUCUCGUUCCUCAUCCUCCUUUCUACCACGUCCGCCUACUCCCUCUACCCAAUCCCAGAAAUCCUCUCCACAACUGCGACGGCCGACUUUCCUACUACACUGUCGACCAGUACCCUCACGCUUCUGUUCCUCACAACUGGUACAUUCCUCUCAUGCGCCUCCGCCAAUACUCUCAACAUGCUCUUCGAGCCCCGCUACGAUGCCCUCAUGACCCGCACACGUAAUCGACCCAUUGUACGCAACCUCAUCUCCCCCCGUGCAGCUGCGGUAUUCGCCUUCUUCUGCGGUGCCACCGGCCUCACUCUCCUCUACUAUGGCGCCAACCCCACGGUCGCCGGCCUAAGCGCACUCAACAUCUUCCUCUACGCCGGCGUCUACACACCCAUGAAACGCAUCUCGGCCGUAAAUACCUGGGUGGGUGCUAUCGUCGGUGGGAUUCCACCGCUGAUGGGCUGGUGCGCCGCGGCAGGACAAGCUGCCACCACGGAGCACCACUCCUGGCAAGACCUGUUGCUUUCCGAAGAGUCUGUCGGUGGAUGGCUGCUGGCGGCGUUACUGUUUGCAUGGCAGUUUCCGCACUUCAUGUCAUUGAGCCACACGAUCCGCGACGACUACAAGAAUGCGGGCCAUAAGAUGCUAGCCUGGACGAAUCCGGCAAGGAACGCCCGAGUAGCGUUGCGGUACUCGAUCGCCAUGUUCCCGAUCUGCGCGGGGCUGUACGCGGCGGGGAUCGUGAACCAGGGGUUUCUUGCCAUCAGCACGGUGUGUAACGUGUGGAUGACGCGGGAGGCGGUGCGGUUCUGGCAGAAGCAGGGCGCGGGCGGCACCGCGAGAGGACUGUUUUGGGCGAGCGUGUGGCAGCUGCCGCUGGUGUUGGUGGGGGCGCUGAUAUGCAAGGCUCGGAUAUGGGAUGGAGUGUUUGGUGGCGGCGAGGAGCCCGUCAGCGUGUACGAAGAAGAUGCGACGCAGGAGAUGGUGAGCGAGAAGGACGGCCAGACAUUGGGCAUGGAGGAGAAGCACCGACGGUUCAAUAUGGCUAUGAUGGGCUUCAAGCGGCCGAGCUGA